AUGGGGCUGUCGAAAUUGCUGUCACAGACACUCGUAGGCAAGCAAUUCGAUGGCAUAUGGCACACGAGUGUUGUAGUCUACAACCGCGAAUAUUUUUUUUCACAAGGAGGAAUAAGUUGUUGCCGCCCUGGGUCAGUUCAAGGCGCCCAGUUAGUGGAACGCAAGCUAGUGGGCAAAACAUGUUUUAGUGAUGAGGAUUUGAAAAAGUAUAUUGACACCUUGUCGGAGUCGUUAUUUAAGCCCGGAUCCUAUGAACUUCUGAAGCAUAACUGUAACACGUUUUCGGCUCAUCUUAUAAAGCAUCUCACUGGCAAAGAGAUACCUGCAUACAUAACUAGUCUACCAUCCGAUUUCUUAAAGACACCUUUGGGGUCUACUUUCCAAGGGAUAUUGGAGGGCGUCGCUUCUGCAAUCGAUCCUUCUGCUUCUGGUGUCUCAACGCAGACUGGUGUGCCGCUACGGCAAUCACUGUCGUCUAUUGUCCGACCCAUUUUGUUUGAUGAGCCCCUUUCGACUGAAUUCAGUUCGAGUGAAUUAUCCACAAUGUUCUCGGGCAGCACUGGGAUCGCUCUCCAGUGGGCUAAUAGCGCCCUUCACUAUCUCCUGAAACUUAGUUCACCUCAACUGGAUUCGGUUGAUGUUCCUGUUGAGGCUCUCCGUUUGCUUAGAUUUAAUCGUUGGGCAACGUUUCGACAAUGUGAAGCGAUAUGCGAGGUAUUCCGUUUGGCCAUUUGGCGUUCCCCUGAGCUAAUCCUCACGUGUUUGACCGACCCGGACGAAAGCCUCCAUAAGUUGGCUGAUACUUACCCCUCCCCCACCGGUCAGAUUUCCCCAUCAAAUUACUUUGAUUUGGAUGCGGCUAAGUCUCGUCUGUUGUGCAAUGUUCUUGCUCUCAGCUACGAUUGGGAUUUGACUUCUCUUCCGUUUAUACCUCUAGGAUCUGUGGCCGCACUUUGUAUUCGCCUCAUCCGCUGUCAAGAUGAUGAAACAGAAUCUGUUGAUAAACAUUUGGCAAAAUCACCGGAACAUGAAAUGGCUGGUCUUGCACUGGCGGUGAAUUUCGCUAUGUGCUCAUUGAUCAAGGAGUCCGAGGCGAUAGAUGUUGCUGCUUCUUUAUUUUAUUUGUUGACCGUAAAAAAAAGCUUCAAGUAUCCUUACGAAGCUCUUUAUGUUUUGAAGGCUGUUUAUGCACUCAUAGGAACCUUUUCAUCGAUAGCUGAUCUAGCAAAGACCUUGGAAAUCGCCAACUACGUUCCUGAGCUGCAGAACCAAGCAGAACAUAUCGAGGGCGAUUUGGAUGUCGAAGAAUCUCAUGUCGACCCCGUUAAAUCAAUUGCAGAUGAAAUUAUAAGUAUUCUUAACAAAUAA